AUUGGCCACUUAACAGUUGCCUUUUCAGGGAACCCUUAUUUGUAGGAUUUGGCAAUCGACGUUUCCGCUCCCGCGAGAAUAGAAAGAGGGGCCUCAAAAGAGAUCACUAUGAAAGGCUUAUAUUGGCAGCAGAAUUCUGAAAAAGAAAGAGAGUUCAUCUUCCUGGAAAAGGAUAGCCUUCCCAAUGUGAGUGACCACCAUGUGAAAGUGCAAGUCAAAGCUUGUGCUCUUAGCUGGAUUGAUAAGAAGUUUUUAUCAGAAAUUAAAAAAGAGAAGAAAGUUCUACCUGUUGGAAGGGAAAUUGCUGGUGUUGUGUUGGAAAUUGGAAAUAAAGUGUCUUUCUUUAAGCGUCAAGAUGAGGUAGUAGGAAUUUUACCAUUGGAUUCAGAAGAAUCUGGAUUGUGUGAAGAGAUCCUGGUUCAUGAGCAUUAUUUAGUUCACAAACCUGAACAGAUCUCCUGGAUGGAAUCAGCUGGGGCCAUUCAUGACGGUCUUCGUGCCUAUACAGCUCUACAUUAUCUGUCCUAUGUUUCUGAUGGAAAAAACGUGUUGAUAAUGGAUGGUGCAAGUUCAUUUGGCACAAUAGCUAUUCAAUUAGCACAACACAGAGGAGCCAAGGUGAUGUCUACUGUGUAUAAUCUUGAAGACAAACAAUGUCUUGAGAGGAUUGUUCCUUCUGUAGUUCGGAUUAUAGAUGUCUCGAAUGGAAAAUAUGACUUGACAGAAAGCUGUUUAGAGGAGACAGGUGGACUAGGAGUGGAUAUCAUCAUUGAUGCAGGAGUGAGACUGUAUAAUAAAGAAAAUGAAACAACUUCACAACAAUUGCUACCCCACAAGCAUGACAUCAUUACGUUACUCAGUGCUGGAGGACACUGGAUUACUACUGAAAAAAAUCUUCAGUUGGAUCCUCCAGAUUGUCGAUAUCUUUUCCUGAAAGGUGCUUCAGUUUCUUUUCUGAAUGAUGAAAUUUGGAAUUUGUCAAAUACGCAACAAGGGAAAUAUCUAUGUAUUUUGGAAGAUGUAAUGGAGAAACUAUCAAGCGGAGUUUUCAAGCCUCAUCUGGAUAAACCUGUACCAUUAUAUGAAGCUAAAGUUUUUAUGGAAUUAGUUCAGAAGAAUCAAGCAAGAAAAAAACAAGUUGUCCAACUAUGAAGUUUCUAAGGCACUGUAAAAAGUGGUGUGUGUGUGUGUGUGUAUGUAUGUAUCAAUUGUCCUCAGCCAAUAUCUGAAACAGUUCUUAAUAACUAUAGGUUGAGUUCCUUAUAACCUUCGAUCUAAUUCAUAUGUCUAAAAACCAGAGGACUUACCUUUUAGCUAUUGUGUACUGCUUUCUUUUGUUUGGCUUUUUUAUUUUGAGGGGAGGGGGUGACUGCAUGCUCAUUCAGAUGAAGAAAGGAGAAUCCUAUAAAGUCACAGAAAACUACAUGUUUGUUCCAAGUUUAGACAAAGCAUGAAAUCAUUAGGACAAGUUUACUAUGAAUCUAAAUGACGGCCAAGAUUUCUCAAAAAACAGAUCAUAGUCUAGAUUUUUGGUUUGGCUGAAUGCUUGCUUUAAUGUUCCAUCAUGAAUGAGAAACUGAGCAACAUAUUGUAACUUUGUAAUUUUCCCUUUCACUACAUUUUGUCUGUAUCUUUAUCAAAAUUGUCACAUAAACUUGUUUCAUUUACAAAGAAGAAGGCACAUUGAAAUAAACCUGAGUAAAGUUGUCAUUGUGGCAAAGCAUUUCACAAUACAAUAAAGAGAUGUCUCCAAUUCA